AAAUGUCACCAAGGGACACCGAGUGUCACCCAAUGUCACCGAGGGACACCGAGGGACACCGAGGGACACCAAAGGUCACCAAGGGACACCGAGGGACACCAAAUGUCACCAAGGGACACCGAGUGUCACCCAAUGUCACCGAGGGACACCGAGGGACACCGAGGGACACCAAAUGUCACCAAGGGACACCGAGUGUCACCCAAUGUCACCGAGGGACACCGAGGGACACCGAGGGACACCAAAUGUCACCGAGGGACACCGAGUGUCACCCAAUGUCACCGAGGGACACCGAGGGACACCGAGGGACACCAAAUGUCACCGAGGGACACCGAGUGUCACCCAAUGUCACCGAGGGACACCGAGGGACACCGAGGGACACCAAAUGUCACCGAGGGACACCGAGUGUCACCCAAUGUCACCGAGGGACACCGAGGGAACUGAGUGACACCGAGGGACACCAAAGGUCACUGAGGGACACCGAGGGACACCGAGUGUCACCCAAUGUCACCGAGGGACACCGAGGGACGCCGAGGGACACCGAGUGUCACCCAAUGUCACCGAGGGACACCGAGGGACACCGAGGGACACCAAAUGUCACCGAGGGACACCGAGUGUCACCCAAUGUCACCGAGGGACACCGAGGGACACCGAGGGACACCAAAUGUCACCGAGGGACACCGAGUGUCACCCAAUGUCACCGAGGGACACCGAGGGACACCGAGGGACACCAAAUGUCACCGAGGGACACCGAGUGUCACCCAAUGUCACCGAGGGACACCGAGGGACACCGAGGGACACCAAAUGUCACCGAGGGACACCGAGUGUCACCCAAUGUCACCGAGGGACACCGAGGGACACCGAGGGACACCAAAUGUCACCGAGGGACACCGAGUGUCACCCAAUGUCACCGAGGGACACCGAGGGACACCGAGGGACACCAAAUGUCACCGAGGGACACCGAGUGUCACCCAAUGUCACCGAGGGACACCGAGGGACACUGAGUGACACUGAGGGACACCGAGUGUCACCAAGGGACACCAAGUGUCACUGAGUGCCACCAAACGUCACUGAGGAACACUGAGUGUCACCCAAUGUCACCAAGGGACACCGAGUGUCACUGAGGGUCACUAAGGGUCCCCAGGUGUCACUAAAGGACACCGAGGGACACCAGGGGCCACCCAAUGUCACCAAGGGACACUGAGUGUCACCCAAUGUCACCAAACGUCACCGAGGGACACUGAGGGACACCGAGUGUCACCAAGGGACACCAAGUGUCACCAGGGGCCACCAAACGUCACCGAGGGACACCGAGUGUCACCCAAUGUCACCAAGGGACACCGAGGGACACUGAGUGACACCGAGGGACACCGAGUGUCACCAAGGGACACCAAGUGUCACUGAGUGCCACCAAACGUCACCGAGGGACACCGAGUGUCACCAAAUGUCACGGAGGGACACCGAGUGUCACUGAGUGUCCCCAGACUGGCCCUGGUGUCCUCGAGUGUCCCCAAGUGCCACCAGAGUGUCACCAAGUGUCACCAGUGUCCCCCAGUGUCCCUGACUGUCCCCAGGCUGGCCCAAGUGUCCCCGAAUGUCCCCAACUGCCACUGAGUGUCCCCAAAUGUCACCACAGUGCCCUCAGUGUCACUGAGUGUCACCAGAGCGACCCUGGACUGGUCCCCGGGGGUGGCAGGUGACACUUGGGGCACUGUCCCCUCCUUUGGGGACACUUUGGGCACUGCCACUCCCCCUUGGGGACACUUUGGGGACAUUUUUGGCACUGCCACUCCCCCCUGGGGACACUUUGGGGACACUUUGGGGACAUUUUGGGCACUGCCACCCCGUGGGAAUAAAGAGCCGUGUCCUUCA